AUGAAUGAAACACAGUUCGGCGUUCGCCAUAUUAUUGGCGCCCCUAUUGCGACAACAAGAUUAGCCGAACAAGCCAUAGUUUGUAUUCCACCUAGAGCUGCUAAAUUUACUUUAGGAGAAUGGACGCUGAGCAACGAUCAACGUUGCAGAAAUACAGAAGAUCAACAACAGCUUGCAGAUAGAGUGUUGAGUGAGUCCGAGAGAGUGCGCGAUGAAACCGCUGAGCGAGCUGCCAUAAUGAAAGCCACUAGUGACAGGCGCAUUGAAGAACGUAUUGGAGAUGUAGAGUUCAAUAAAAAUGAGCUUCAAAUACAGAGGAAAGAAAUAUGCUUGGAGUUAGAAGCGCUGAGUGUGUAUAAAACAAGGUUACAAGAUUGUUUAGCAUCUUUGGAAUCAAACGCUUUAACAAUUUGUCGAAAGUGCCUUAUGUUGAGAGAUGGACGUAUUGGUAUCGAUUUGGUGGUAGAUGAUGUGGAGCAUGCGUUACAACAAGAAAUAACAACGAUUCUUGGAGCUCAGAGCUUACUAAAACGUGCCUUAGAACAACUCAACGAACAGAUGCGGCGUCUACGAUCUACUCGCUAUCUUCUUGACCGUGAUCUUCAAUACAAGCAAGCUGCUAUUGAUUUGGAUAAAGGAUCGCUAUCUUUGAAACCUACUGACUUGUGCCUAUCUAUUUACGAAGGUUUUGCAAAUCUAGACCCAGCAAACAUAUCUGCUGAAGAGUAUAAUGCUUAUUCAGCUAACAAUAUUAAAUUAGCUGCUAGGGAAGUAACUAGCGCUCGACCUAUUCGGGUCUUUAUUGAUACAUUAUUAAAUCAAGUUAUUGACGAUCUAUGGGCUGCUUACAAUAAAUGCAACCAUGAAUUUAAUGAACGCAUUAAAGAGACUAAGGGUGCAAAAGCGAAACUAGAGGAUAUGCAUCGGGAAACAACUCAGAAAAUUAUGGAAAUGCAGAACAAUAUUCUUCAGUUGCAGAAAGCACUAUCAGACAAAGAAGGGAAUGUAGCAUUGGCACAUACCCGACUUGGCAGACGUGCUCAGAGAGUCGGUGCAGAAUUGGUCCGUGACCCACCUGGUCAGGCAUUGUAUUACGAAUGUGAAAUGUUAAGACAUAGCGUGGAACAACUGCAACAAAUGCUACACGAAGCGACUGCCUCCUUAAGAUAUCUUCUACAAACACAAAUCCAAUUAGAAGAGGAUAUUAAUGUCAAGAUGAAUACUUUAAAAAUCGAUGAAGUGGAUUGUAUGACAUUACGGGCAACUAUGGAUUAUCAUGCAUAUUAA